GUCAAACAGAAAUCCGAGAAUCUGAUUGGUUCAAAACAUUCAGAUACGUCCGAUUUUUUUUUAAUGUAAGUAGCAAAACAACAAAUAGUUUGCGAAGACACCGUAGUUUUUCUUCAAUUCGUUUUGUGUAGCCUAUCAAACUUGUAAUAAUCUUGGCUAAACGGUGCUGUCUAUAAACUGCUGGUUUAAAUGUUAUGAGUAGAAACUCUUUAGACUCAUCAUUGAAGAUCAUGGAAAAACGGAGAGAGUUGGCCGCUGCAUCGACAAUGAAUUGUUUUCACUUAGAAGAUUUCAUUGCCGGAUGGAUUGGCGGGGCUUCCAGUGUUAUUGUUGGCCACCCACUAGACACAGUAAAGACUCGGUUGCAGGCUGGAAAAGGAUACCAAAACACCCUCCAUUGUGUUCUCACCAUCUACAGAAAAGAAACAGUGUCUGGCUUCUUUAAGGGACUCUCCUUCCCAUUGGCCAGCAUCACAGUCUAUAAUUCUGUGGUGUUUGGCUUAUUCAGCAACACACAGAGACUUAUAAGCGAGAUUCGCCAUGGCGAUAGCAGACACCCGUGUGGCAUGCUGGACCUGCUACUAGCUAGCAUGCUAACUGGGCUGGUUUCAGUGAGCCUGGGAGCACCGGUGGACUUGGUGAAGAUCAGGCUGCAGAUGCAGACACGGCCUGUUCUAGCAGAGAACCUGAACCUUGCUGGUAACACGAGUAGUAAUAUACCUCUGAAAUCUGUGGAGAUUUCUGGUCGGCAUGGCUACAGGGGUCCUCUCCACUGCAUUAGCAGCAUCCUCCAGUCGGAGGGGUUGCAGGGCCUCUACCGAGGGGCCGGGGCUAUGGUCUUGAGGGACGUCCCCGGCUACACUCUCUACUUCCUCCCCUACACGUUGUUCUGUGAUCUGCUGAAUCCUGAUGGCAAGUCCUCCCCUCGCUUUAGCUCCAUAUGGCUGGCUGGUGGACUAGCAGGCUCCAUCUCCUGGGUAACAGCCACCCCAGCAGAUGUGGUGAAGAGCAGAAUGCAGGCGGAUUCCCUCUAUCCGAGAAAAUACAGGGGUAUCCUCCACUGUAUAGUACAUAGCUACAAGACAGAGGGUUUACAGGUCUUCUUUCGUGGUGCCACAGUGAAUGCAAUCCGUGGUUUUCCCAUGAGUGCCACCAUGUUUCUAGGUUAUGAACUUUCUCUGAAGUUCUUCAGGAGUCUUUAGUACAUACCCAGACACUUAGUAUUUACAGUCACAGCUCAUGAUC